AUGGUGAUGGCGCUGGCUUUGCUGGCGCUGGCUCUGCUGCCGCCGGAAACUCAGGCGCAGCCGGGAGCCGCCGUGCCAUUUGCGUGCCCAGCUGACCGUUGGCAACCAGGAUGGGCACACGGGGAUGCGGCUGACGCAUGCACGCAGUGGCUCACCAACGUGGACUGGGGUGCACUCUCCACGCACUCCGACCUUGCCAGCGCUUGCAACUCCACCUUUGCGCGAAGCCAGUGCGCGGGAGCAUGCUGCACGCGUGGCCUCAAUGCGACGCCAGGGGCCGAUGCGUGCCGCAAACACGUCGAUGCGCCAGGCACCUGCUCCGGCAAUGCGACAUUCUCCAUCGCGGGCUGUGCAAGCACGGCAGGCUCGCGAGAGCUCUGGGAAACCUACUGCGUGCAGCUGCUGUACGAUGACGAGUGGGCCGACUCGAACCACGAUUUCCGCAUGGACGGCGGACUCGGCGGACUCCCCAAGGAGUUUGUCGGCAGCCUGCAUGUCAUGUUCCCGCACCAGGUCUGGCACGUACCGGCGCGUUACGAACUGAGCUUCGACGCGCCGGCUGAGGCGACGGUGAACGUGGCCCUCUGGUUCAACAACGACUCGUCAUAUUACGUGCGCAACGGCUGGGAUCCUCACGACGCCGCCUACUGCAACACCGAGAUGCCCAUCACGCUCAGCCGCGCGGGCUUUGAGUAUCGGCCGCACUCGCCUGGCGUGCCAUACGAUACCCAAACCGACUGGGAUCCAGGGCACGGCGUGCCGUCCGCCCUGUGGGUCCGCCAGGUUGCCGCGGGCGACGGUGCCAUAGCAUUCCAACUCGGAGAGGCUCCGAGCGGAUAUUGUGUUUGGAAAAGCGGCACAUCGGGCAAGCGCGCCGGCAGCAGCACAGUCAGCAGCGCGGAGAGGCAGCAGCUGAUUGCAGAGCUGCGUGCUGAGGUCAGCGCGCCGCUGCCGCACGCGAUCGGCGGCGAGACGCUGGAUGCCGACACCUACCAGCGCUUCCUGCAAGUGCACGGCUGGUCGUUGCCAAAGGCUGCAGCGAUGCUGUCGAAGGAUAUUGAGUGGCGCAAGCGUGUCCGGCCUCGCGCCCUGCGGCCGCGCCACAUGCCGGCGGCGUGCUCGCAGCGCGGCUGGGUCGUCCUCAUGCGCCACCAGGGCUCCGGUAACCUGACCGAGGACGAGCCGUCGCCUCCGGAGGCGGCGGCGGCGCACAGCGGCCGGCCAGCCUACCUGCCGACGCUGCGGAUCGGUCACUACUUUGGGCGCGGCAAGGGAGGGGGCGGGCGGUCGCUGCACCCGCCGCACACGAAGCCGCCGCUCGCGCACUGGGUGUACACGCGGCACGGGAUGCCCGUCACCUACGUCAACGAGCUCGGUAGGCACCCGGAGCGCUUCACGUCGCGGGACGAGUGCACGCGCUUCUGCGCCUACCACAUGGAGCACUACAUCCGCCGCAUGCCCGUGCGGCGCGGCCGGCGAGUGCAGCGCGCUUGCAUCCUCAUCUCUCUCUCGGGCUUCAAGGCGAAGGAAUGCAUGCGUUAA